GCUUCGUCGCGAGACAACUAUAUCUUAUAGUUAAAUCUGAAAACGCCAUUGGACAAUGAAAUUUCGUCAUAUUUGCUCAUUUAAUGUAGAUAGACAGCUGAAUACAGUGGAAUUAUAGCGGAUGUACUCAUGAUUAUUAUUAUUUAUUUGAAAACAUGGAACAAAGAGAAUGCAGAGCUUUGCCCGGGGAGCGACGGCAGUGGAUCGUGUUCGUUGUUGCUUUGGCUCUGUCUUGGAGCGGAGCUUCAGCACAGAUAAGAUACUCAAUCUCUGAAGAGCUUAAGGAAGGAACUGUCGUUGGGAAUAUCGCUAAGGAUUUGGGAAUAGAUAUGAGCACGUUGAAGGAUAGGGAGUUUCGUAUCGUGUCUGGUUCAAGUGAGCCCUCCCUUUUCCAAGUGAAUUUGAAUGACGGUAUCUUGUAUGUGAACCAAAAAAUAGACCGAGAGAAGGUGUGCGAACGGAGCAGUUUGUGUUUGAUCAACUUGAAAACAGUUAUAGAGAAUCCGCUGGAGAUCCAUUAUGUCACGGUGGAGGUUCUAGAUGUUAAUGACCAUUCUCCUAGAUUCCCCAACAAAGAGAAACGCUUAGCGGUUUAUGAGUCAGCGUUACCAGGGGCACGAUAUCAGCUGCAAGCUGCGACCGACCUUGAUGGUGGACUUCUUUCUGUUCAGCAGUAUAAGCUCAGUCACAAUGAGCAUUUCCGUUUGGAAGUUAAAGACCGUGGUGAGGAUGGCAAAAUUCCAAUAUUAAUACUACAAAAACCGUUGGAUAGAGAGGCUAUCUGGAGCCAUAGAUUACUGCUUACAGCCUUCGAUGGAGGAAAACCUCCAAAAUCUGGAGACAUGACAAUUACUGUGGAUGUAUUGGAUAUAAAUGAUAACCCACCUGUGUUUACAAAGGAUGCGUACUCAGUAAGUGUUUAUGAAAACGCGAUUGUUGGCACGACAAUUGCACAGGUCAACGCGACCGAUUUGGACGAGGGGCCAAACGGGGAGGUAAUGUACUCUUUUGGUAAUAGCGUGACUAGUAAAUUACGCCAGCUCUUUGAUCUGAACCCAGUUACAGGUGAAAUAACUGUGACAGGACUGAUAGAUUUUGAAGAAAAAGACAAAUAUGAGAUCGAUAUACAGGCCUCGGAUAAAGGACUUGCGCCAAUGACAUCAGAUAAAAGCGUAGUGAUACAAAUCGUUGAUGUCAACGACAAUGCACCUGAGAUUGAGGUGACAUCCUUUUCCCGAGCAAUCACGGAGGAUUCUAGACUGGGAACCACUGUCGCACUAAUUAGUGUUAAUGAUUUUGAUUCCGGCCUCAAUGGGAAAGUUAUUUGUUCUGUGUUGGAAGAAACACCUUUCAAACUAAUACCUUCUCAACAGGAAAAUAUUUACUCUGUUGUCACAAUGUCACCAUUGGAUAGGGAAAAAUAUUCCGAAUAUAACGUCACAAUAGCAGCCAAAGACGCAGGUCAGCCUUCCUUGUCAUCUGUAAAGACUAUAAGGGUUGUUGUUUCAGAUGUGAAUGAUAAUAGUCCUGAGUUUUCACUGAGCCCCUAUACUUUCUAUGUUACUGAGAAUAACCACCCAGGUGCCUCAGUAUUUUCCGUUAGUGCCUCAGAUCGUGACAUGAAUGAAAACUCUCUUAUCGCCUAUCAUAUUAUGAGAAAUGGUGGUGACGACAACAGCUGGGUGUCAUUUCUGAACAUAAAUUCGGAAAAUGGAAACAUUUUGGCGCUAAAAAGCUUUGACUUUGAAACUUUGAAAACAUUUACAUUUCAAGUUGUCGCCACUGACUCUGGAACUCCAUCAUUAAGCAGCAACGUUACAGUGAACGUGUUCAUUCUGGAUCAGAACGACAACGCUCCAGUGAUCUUGUAUCCAGUCAGUACUAACGGUUCCGCCGAAGUUGUGGAGGAGAUUCCGCGUAAUGUGAACGCAGGCCAUUUGGUGACUAAAGUGAGAGCCUAUGACGCUGAUAUUGGAUAUAACGGCUGGUUAUUAUUUUCAAUGCAGGAAGUUACUGACCACAGUCUCUUUGCUUUGGACCGCUAUACAGGACAGAUAAGGACACUUCGGUCAUUCACAGAGACAGACGAGGCUGAGCAUAAACUGGUCAUACUGGUAAAAGACAAUGGAAACGUUUCACUCUCAGCAACAGCUACUGUGAUUAUCAACGCUGUGGAGCCCAAAGAGGCUUUCGCAUCUUCUGAUGUUAAAAGCCCAGUAAAAGAUGAGGAGGCGAACAGCGUUACAUUUUAUUUGAUCAUUACUUUGGGAUCAGUUUCGGUGCUUUUUCUCAUCAGUAUCCUCGUGUUGAUUGUAAUGCAGUGUUCCCAAAACCCAGACGAUUCUUCAAAGUCUUUACAAGAUGUGAAUUACGACGGGACACUGUGCCACAGCAUCCAAUACAGAUCUGGAGAUAAACGGUACAUGUUAGUUGGACCCAGAAUGAGUAUAGGUUCUACUAUAGUCCCGGGCAGCAAUGGGAAUACUCUAGUGUUACCCGAACACAGGAGGAGAGAAUCUGGAGAGGUAAGAUGUUGA